AAAUAAAAUAAAAUAAAAAAUAAUUGGAUGCUUUCAUUCGGUCCUCACUUGAAAAUAAAUUGAAUCACGUUUCUGUUCCCUUCUUCCCUUUGUGGCGGCAUCUCAGAAUAUUUCUUCGACACAUACAUCUCACUCCUUCUUCUGCAAUAUCUACCUUCUUGAUUUCUCACUAUGUCUUCUUCACUCGUCGAGAUCCAACACGAACACCUCCCAACCAACGAUUUUCAAGAUCCUUUAAUAAAAAAUCUGAGUGAAAAAGGGAGUGAUGAAGAAGAAGAUCACCUUGUGGGAUUUGGAAAGCAUGGGGGAAUAUGUGCUAUUUGUUUGGACAAGAUAGUGCUGCAAGAAACUGCUCUUGUAAAAGGUUGCGAGCAUGCUUACUGUGUAACAUGCAUCCUUCAGUGGGCUACAUACAGUCCGAAAGUUACCUGUCCUCAGUGCAAACAUCCGUUUGAGUUCCUCACUGUCCAUCGCACACUUGAUGGAAGUAUUCAAGAUUACAUGUUUGAGGAAAGUGUUUGCUUGCUACUUCGGGCCCAAUGGUUCAAGCCUUUAACUGUUGAAGAGCAUGUGGUUCAUGAAGAUAUCUAUGAUGAGAUAGAAGACUAUUAUUAUCAAUACGAAGAACCCGAUGAUGAUCUAGAUGACGAGGUUUACUAUGGCGGCUCAUCGAGUGUCCGCAUUGGGAACCGUAGAUGGGGAGACAACGGUUUUGUAAGGGCUGGGCGUCAAGAAGCUCGGCCGGUCAUCCAUCGGUCAAACUUCCCGGAUCCAGGAGCAAGUUCAUCCCGCGAGCCAAAGAAGAAAGAGAAAGAGUCGGCGAAAAUAAUGACAGGCAGACGGGCGAAGAGGGCACUGAAAAGGGAAGCUGCUGAUAAGGCAGCCGAAGCGAAACAUCAGCAGCAUUUGGUUAGGUUUGGUAGGAAGUGAUUCUAAUUUAUGUCAAGCCAAGCCUCCUUCCCUAAAGUUAAAAUACUUUCUUUUUUCUCCCUUUACAUUUUUUGUUGUUGUACAGUGUUUCUGUUCUAUGAAGCAUGGGAUAGAAUUUGGGGAAGAUGUUUUAGAAUAAUGGCUUGGUUUGUGGGUUGGUUCUUUGGUUUUAUGGUUGAUGGAACCUUUAACUCACUGUAUCAUUUAACAAUUUAGGUUUUUCAAUAAAUUGUUAAUGGAUCUCUAAGUUGUACAUAAUUUCCAUCUGAUGUUGAUCCUUGUACUUCUAUGA